CACCCAGCGAGCCCAAUGUCACGGCGGUAUCGCGGCGCACGCGUUCUGCGACGAGCAAUCCCUGCGCGUACGAGGGUUCCCGGGGGCGGUUCACCACCAUGGUACACUCGGCGAAGUUUUCGAAAAUGCAGUCUGGUAGAUCUUCAGAAGAACGAAGUCGCCGAUACACAUCGCAGGACGUUGUCCAAGUACGCGCGCGGACAUCCCUUUUUUUUAAUUUUUUUCCGCCCUCUCGUGAGUGAAUCUGCUGGUGCACAUCCGCCCGUCGCUGGACAGGAAGCGGGAUAUGAGCUACACCGAACCGCUGUGGGAGAUCAAUGGAAAUCAAGCACCAAUAUCGGCUUUUGGGUUUUUGCGCGCUCACCUGGACCGAUCUUCUCAGAUGAAAUCUGUUCGCGACAGGUAAUCGCGGCGGAAAUGUCGCAGUACGUCGGGGGUGAACUUGGCAGCUACCCGAUGUGGGACAGUUCGGUUUUGUAUCAGACACAGCCGCCUAGCCAUCCGCACGUUAACGAGCACGGGUUGUACAGGCAACCCUGUGGGUUGCUGCACCAGAGUCGUUACACGCCGAACGGUCGCUCGCCGAAUCUGCCGUCGUCGACGACGAAGAAACCAAGGCGUCGGGUGGCAACGGUAUCUCAGAGAAGGGCGGCGAACAUCCGGGAAAGACGCAGAAUGUUCAAUCUGAACGAAGCUUUCGAUAAGCUUCGCAGAAAGGUACCAACGUUUGCUUACGAAAAGCGGCUCUCGAGGAUCGAAACGCUGCGCUUGGCAAUCACGUAUAUCGCUUUCAUGGGAGAACUCCUCGGCAUUGAACCGAACAGUCCGAAGCCAGACUAUAUACCACGAGAGUACUAUCUGCCAAACUAAAUCUCAAAUGAUGCAAGCUGAUGGUCCUAUCGAAAUGAUGGAACUUCUAGUUUGCGAAACCAGUCUUCCAUUAUCGAUUAGAAUAUUCUAGCGUUAAGUAAAGAUUUUUAUGUAAUUUAACAUAUAUAUAUAUCCGUAAGUAACACUUGUAUGUUCUUUCAUAAUAUUUCCAUGAUAGAUGUAUAGAUAAUUUAUUAUUUAUAUCAUAUUUAAAGUCAUUGUUCAUUGCUCUUUUCAACAUAAUUCUUUAAUAUUCUACAGAAGUUACUGCUAUCCACAAAUCAAAAUGGAGUAUUUACCUAAAUGUCAAUGGAGCUUUUCAAACAUUUUCCAAAAGAUUGAUGUUUCAUCUUAAGAAUAUCGAAAGGGUUGAAAUCUUUGUUGUUGAUCAAAUCUUCUCUCAUUUUACAUAGACAAUAAUCUUGUAAGCCAUACUUUGUCUGAGUGAUUGCAAUCUUCUUAUCUGUAAAUGUUAAGAUUUAGAGAAACAAUUGUGACACUAAGAAACAAUAUUAAAUUCAACUUCCUUCUAUUAUAACAUACGUGUACGUCGUGUAAGAUGAUUUAUUAAAGAAUUAAUAAAGACGAGAUAAGAGUUAUAGCAUGAUGAAAAGUCGAGAGAACUUUUAGAAUUAAGAAGAUUGCAAUGAGAAAAAUAAGAAAGAAGAAAAUAUUUCAUAAAUAUAAAAAUGGAAGGAAGAUUACCUUUUCUAGUAUUAAUCAAAAUGUGUUAUCUUUAGUAAGAUACACCAUCUUACACUGUUCUGCAAUUUUUAAUGUUAAUAAAACAAUCAUUGAAUGUCACUGAUUACCAUAUAAUUGAUGAUUAAUUGGAAUUAAAUGGGUGUAGUAUAAAAAUAAAUUAAAAUAAAGACUUCACGGAGCAUUAUGAAAUC